CCGUAAUUUACUAAGAUUUUGAACAACAAAACAAUAUUUGAUUAAUCUAGUUUCAUACGUGAAGUACAAUAAGAAUUGAAUUUUAAAUUAAGAUAAAUUAGAAUAACUUUGUCACUGAACGGAACUAAUCAAAUAAGAUAUGAAAUUUGAAGUAUAAAUAAAUUGUGGAUAAAUAAACAGAAUUUCAUUAUAGAUUAUGGGAAACAAACUAUUAAAAUAUAUUUCAAAAUAUAUAUAAAUGCGGAAAUUCCGUUUUCCUUUUAGCAAAAGUCGGGACAAAAGGUCGAUGAAGAAUAUUCGUACCUCUUAUGCAUGAAAUUUUAAGUGGAUCCUUUCUGUACUCCGUAUUUAAAUUGCUAUAAAAGAAUUGUGUUCAGUAAUGAUUAAUAUAAGGAACGGAAUCGAAAAUGAAAACUGGUGAAUGAAUAUAAAGAAGCUGAAAGAGAUUUUAGUGUUAUUCAUGUGGAUAUUUAGGAGAAAGUUAAAGGAUAUAAUUAUAGAAAUGUGUAUCGCGUAGACAAAAUUACGAUUAUUAUUUUCAGUGAAAUUACUUACAAGCGUCUGUUAAUAAGUGUUUUCUACAAGCGUCUGUAAAUCAUGAAUAUCAUAGGUCUUCAUCAGACAGAUAUUGUACAACCAGUUUACCCACAUUUAGAUUUAGAUAGCGAUUAUGACUACAUUAUGUCAAGGGCUCUCAAGUCCUACAAACACCAUAGGGAGAAGGAGAAAGCUGAGACGCGGAGGGGACCGUUAAAAAGCGCUUACGUCAGACGACAUCAUUUGCGACCUAAAACAGCUCCCCCUGCCCGGUUUGUGCAGUCGAUGAAAGUGAACAAUAUCGACUCAGGCGCACGACCUGCAUCAGUACUGAUGCCCCAGGUUGAUGCAAUAAAGGCAGUGUCAAAGGCCAAUCCAGUGCCUGAUGAUAGUGACAGAUCCCCCAGGCGUGUGCUACAAGUGGCUAAAGUAAGUCUCAAUAUGAUGCAAGAGCAGAAUCAUAAAACGGCUUCGUACCUGAAGCGAAAUAAUCCAUCGCACCCAUGGCACAGCCACAGCUAUCCAUCUGUGAAGCCCAUGGAGAAGUUUGUCCGAAUCCCACAUGCUUACAUGUCAGCAUCUGUAGGCGAGCGGGAAAUGUCGUCUGCGCUUUCAUCAAGAAGCUCUAGUGCAAAAAGUAGUCCGUCACAUUCAGUAUGUAGACCAAAAUCAGCAGCAACAAAAAAUUCAAAAUAUGAUUAUGACGGUGGAUUAUUUACGCAUCCGAAAAGUGCACAUCCGGAAUAUUUUAUAAUUCAUCCAGACUGGGUAUCAGAAUCUAUGUCAAUUCAAAAACUGAGUCUUACUGAUAGGACUAAAACUCUUAUUCCGAAGAGCAAAUCUUUUACACUUCCCGGAAGACGGUGUAAUAGUGCACCUCCGUCUAAAUAUAGAAAUCCAAUCACGUGGGAAAGUAUUCAGACCACCUGAAAGCAGGGUUAUUAUUAUAUUUCCUGUAAGAUGUCUUCAAACAAACGCAAUAUUUACCUCAUUUGCUUCGCAAACGAUAUACUACUUUCCAUUCGUCGGUAAAGGAUCGUCACGUGCUCAUGAACAAAAGUUUGUUUCGUUGACUUUUUAAGCACAUCUGACUGUAAUCCCAGUUCGUGCAGUAAUCAUAAUAUCUGAAUAUUUUCAGAAUCACUAGAAAUAAUAUGAUGUCAAAACAUGAAGAAAAACAUUAGUUAUUUCUUAAAAUAGAUUGCGUGUCUAAGAAAACGCUUUUUUUACGUUUUAGGAAUAAAACGAUUAUUUGUUGUACUAAAAACCUGGUAAUCUGCCAUAAACAUCACCAUUCUGAUUUCUUUAUAUGCAUAAUCGUAUUGUAAUAAAGGGAGGUAAAACUCUUCUUAAUGUUUGUAUAGAGUUAACUCCCUUUUUUUAACAGAACUUAAUUGUUAUUCAUUUUGGUUACGUUUAAAUUUGUAUUUUAAAGAUUAAAAUUAUAAGAUACCAGUUUCCAAUCGUAAAAUUAUAAGAUACCAGUUGUCAAUUGUUUGUUUUGACAUGAUAUUGAUAGGAAAACAUAUUUUAAUAUUCAUUUAAGACAAUUUUUCUUUAAACAAGUAAUUCAUUGAUGAUUCCACAUAUUAAUAAUUCAAUAGAGUAAAACAUACAUAUGUCAAUGUAUCUUUAAACACAAAAA